CCUUCCGCCCCUGCCUAACUAUUCGCUUUCACAUGCUUGACUUCCCAACAUAUGAUAGCUCAGUCGAUCCUCUUGGUUGGCUCAAUAGGUGUGAGCAAUUUCUUUCGUGGGCAACGCAUGGACGAGGCCGACAAGUUUUGGACUACAAUCUACCACCUCACCGAUGACGCUCAAUUCUGGCAUUUAUAGCUUGAGCGUGAUUUCGGCAUGUCGACACUGGAGUAGUUCAAGGAGGCUUGCCAUGCUUAGUUUGGGCCAUCACUUUGCGCAAAUCUCUUGGGCGAGUUCGCGCAUUUGUCGUUCACUUGCUUGGUCGCAGACUACACCAAGAGGUUUUUAGCGCCCAUGUGCCCGCAACAAUGAGCCAUUGACACCGUCCCAACAACUAUUUUUUUGUACACAGUAGGGCCGCCCGUUGGUUUUGCAUUAAUGUCAAGCUUCAACGACCAUCUGACCUUCACACCGCCAUCUCUUUCGCCAAGGCUUAUAACCAGUCCAAUGUCACGGCACCAGCCUUUUAGGCCUACAGGCUCUUGUGCCACUCUGAUCUUCCUGCGGUCAACACAACUAGUCAACUACAAUACCUUUCCCUCCAGCACCACUAGCAUGUUCUGUUGUCGACCACUCCAAAGCCGACCCCUCCAUGGCAGGUCUGGCACCUCACUUUUUCGUGCUCCUUGCCUUCUUACCUAAGCACACAUACGAUUCCGGAUUUGAGUUGGUAGCCAAGUCUCAUUUAAACGCAUAUGGAGCUCAAAGAGGAGUGAAGUCACACCUUGGUUUGGAUGGUGCGUGUACGUGCUUGAGUCAUAGGUCUACUUGGACUUGUCGGUUAGUUGAUGGUGAUGUCUGUGGGAUGCUCCGUCAUCUCCCCCUCCCCCUUUGGGAUGGAUCUGUCCUCGGAUCAAGGUUGUAAUGCCUCGGCCACAACCAUCGGUUCCCGGUUGUUACGCUAGCCCUGUAGACCAACACUAUUUUCCCACGCACUUUGUCCUCACUCGUGUGCACUCGGGGUCAACUUCCAGUCGGUCACCCAUCCUCAAGUUGCUCCGAAAAGAAGGAAUUCCUUGUUGAUUAGUCUAUCAAUUCUAUUAACCCGGAUGUUAUGUACACCCCCCUGAAACGAUCCGCCAUACUCGUCGGCCCCGCAGGAACGGCUGGCCCAACAGGAACGUCCCCCUAGCACAUGUCUAUGAGCGUGAAUGCCAACAUACACAUGUGCACAUGCCGUGUGCCAUGAUGGGCCACAGGCGCCAUGUACAUGUCUGCGCAUUGACCCGCAUGCCCGUGUAACCACGAGGGUCGGCUCUGAUACCAUUUGUAGCAACUCAACCACAACCAUCGGUUCUCAGCCGUUACGCCUGGCGGGAUCUAGAAUCCCCCCUCCCCGCACAGACCAACACUAGUCUCCUAUGCGCACUUUGUCGUCACUUGUGUGCACCUAGGAUCAACUUCCCAGUUGGUCACUCAUCCUCAAAUUGCUCCAAGCCAGCUUUGAGGCUCUUUGAGAAGAAGGAAUUUCUAUUGAUAUGGGUAGUCUAUGAAUGAAUCAUAUUAACCCAAAUGUUAUAAAGGUCGUCAUCACCAUAGUAAGGGGCAAGGCUGGUAACAUUGAAGGUUGCUUACCGAGUACUUAUCCAUGAAUAAGUCGGCCUUGUAGGUGUUGUGUCGAUCUGUUGGCUGACCCGAAUGGACCAUGGGCAUAAGGAAGUAGCUUGGACAUGCGCUCUUCUAGGAACAAGGCCGCACGAUUGUAACACCAUUGACUUGUUGGUGUUGACCUUGUCGGUGUGUUGUUAGACUUGGUGCUUAGUGGCGAGCCUUGUUUUCUAGUGCAUUGUCUUUAAGAACUCGACAUGUGUACUUGCAUCCAUGUUGGUGUGCUCUUGUAGACGUAGCGGGAGAAUGUUCGAUGGAGAAAGAGCGUUGAAGCCAUAGACAUCAAACGAUGACUUGAGUGUCGUUGAGUGUUGAGUGCAGAUUUAGGCAGGCUCGACGAUGGGCAAGCAAUUCUCUUACUAUUGAAAAAUUCUUCUUGAUGAGCACUCGGAGGGUGGAUUAGGUGCAGUUGACCACCUCAGUUUGUGGAUGAUAUGGCAAGCAUCGGUAUGGCGAGCUUGAAGCACAAUGUUUUCGAAAAGUAACUAAGGAACUUGAAGACGUGGUUGGAGAAUGGAUUUGGGUACACCAUGGAGUCGCAAAAUUUGUUAAAAAGCAAUGUAGGAGCAUGUGAAGCAUGGUAGCUCGUGUUGCAAGGAAUGAAAUGCGCCAUUUUAGAGAAUAUCAACUACCACAAAGGUGAAAUCCUUUCCAUCUCUAGUUCUAGCCAACCCAAUCACAAAGUCCCAAGGUGCAUGUGAAAUAGGCAAAGUUGUAUAAAGAUCACGGGAGAGAGCUAUAGACUUCUCUUUGCGAUAUGUCGUGCACCGACAGACAAAGCGCCCAACAUCUCAAAACAUCACUGGACAAACGAACUUGUUGACGAGCAUAGUUUGUGUCUUGCCGUGACGAAAAUGUCCCAUGAGUCCACCAUGUGACUCCUGCAAAAAAGAAGCAAACACAACAAACUCUCUAGAACACAAAGUUUGUUAGCGCACAUAGGAUAUUCAUUGUUCAUAUAGUAACUCGCCUAACAAGUGCCUUCGUCGCAAUGAGCGUAAGGCUUACUAAAGAGAGGGUCAAACCCAAUGACAUUAAGCUCAAGCUUUUGAAACAACAUGACUCUGUGGGAAAGAGCAUCUGCUACUACAUUAUAGCUGAUACAUGAUGACAUAGGGAAAGUAUUCAAUGUAUUCAAACUCCUUAAGUCAAAGAUAGUGAUGCCAAACUUGUAACACACACACACACACAAGAGCAUACAAUUCCUUAUCAUAGAUGGGAUAGUCUAAUUCUCUUUCGUUGAUGAGCGUAAGCUUAGUAACGCAAGGGUCAAAUCCAAUGACAUCAAGCUCAAGCUUUUGAAACAACAUAACUCUGCGGGAGGGUCAAAUCCAAUAACAUCAAGCUCAAGCUUUUGAAACAACAUAACAAAGCGGAAAAAAGCAUCCGCUACUACAUUAUACUCCCUCCGUUUCAUAAUGUAGUGCAUAUAUAUAUAUAUAUAUUAUUUUUUUUGAAAAGUCAAACCUCACAAACUUUGACCAAGUUUAAGGGAAAAAUAUGUACAUCUAGAAUGCCAAACAUAUAUCAUUAGAUUCAUCACAAACUUUGACCAAGUUUAAGGAGAGGGGGGGGGGGGUAAUCCCAAGGUGCUGGAUAACUACGUUUCACGGGGCACUGAUCAUUUUCUUGCUUGCAAAGACCCUGAUUAUCAGAAAAGCUUGUGGAAUGUGCUAUCAUCUAUUAUGAUGGAGCCAAACUUGGAAGAUUCUGAUAUCGAGCCUGCUCCCAAGCUCAUCGAGGUGUUUCUACAGAACUGCAAAGGUCAUGUAGAUCAAUGGGUUGAGCCUUACCUCUGGCUUACAAUUGAUCGGUUGCGCCGCUCAGAAACCAUAUUUGAAAUGUCUCCUUGUACAAGUGAUCAUAUUCCAGUAGAAGCUCUAGAUGGCAUUUUCAAAGCAACACUUGAUCUCCUUGCUGCCUACAAAGAUCAAAUUGCAGAACCGAAGAAGCAAAAUGAGGACGAUGUUGAUGAUAUGGAUGGCUUUGACGCUGAUGAAGAUGAUGAAGAAGUUGAAUCAGACAAGGAGAUGGGUCUUGACGAUGAAGACGGCGAUGAACUAAACAAUCUUCAUCUUCAGAGACUAGCUGCAGAGGCUAGAGGCUUCCAGCCAGCUGAUGAAGAUGAUGAUUCAGAUGAUGAUUUCAGUGACGAUGAGGAGCUGCAAUCACCGAUUGAUGAGGUGGAUCCGUUCGUUUUAUUUGUUGAAAGUGUCAAAGGUUUGCAAGCAUCUGAUCUGGCCAGGUUCCAGAACCUCGUGCAAACUCUUGAUUUCCGAUAUCAGGCGCUUGCUAAUGGCAUAGGUCAAUAUGCUGAAGAAAGAAGAGUUGAGAUCGAAAGAGAAAAUUGGAGAAGGCAAAUACACAGUGAUGAUUCAUGAAGCAUUUGUGCUCUAGCGCUUCCAUUCAGUAGGUCUGUAGAAGUGACGGGUCAGUAUCCUCUAAUUUUGGCAAUCACAGGUAAUGAGUUUUGGAGCCUUAUUCAUGUACCUGUCAAGGCAAAGCCUGUUCUAUCCUCGCGGGAGGCGAUAGCAGCCUUCUUAGAGAUUCGGUCAUCGGAAGUCAUUCUCCUGGUGGCCCUUUGUUGGGGGUCUCGGUUGUGCGAGCAGUGACACUAAUUCGUCAUGCUGCUCAGGCAAGUAUAUUUUGGUCGGAGCGUCUGUUAGAAACCCCUGUGGCAUGGUCAUCUCUGGGCCAUGAGUUUUAAGGAAAGUUUGUUGUUAGUGUACAUCUGGCUGCUUGUCUAGGCAUUACAUUUUUUUGGCAAAAAUGUAAUGGAAUACUCAUCUUCGUUGGUUUAUUUAAAAGGGCAACCAAUUUAUUGUUUUAACUACUA